AUGCUGACAAUUAAAAUAUGGUUAGAAAUAUACAAAAAAAUUGACAAAUCAACAACAUUAGUGAGGCCAUUAAAUAAAAAUGAUAACUGGUUAUUUUUCUCUGUAUUUCCGAAUUUACUUAUAGCAUCUAUUCAGCCUGUUGAUGAUUUAAUUCAAGGAUUAACACUAAAUGACGAAGAAUAUUCUAAGAGAUUAGCCACUGAAUACUGGGCCGAAAGAUCAACUGUGUGUGUUGAUUUUGUCGUAACAAAAUUAUUCGCCGAUUAUUCAUUAAGCGGUUUGUUAUUACAAACAUUUCAUAAGAAUAUUAUUGAAACGUUUCAUCACUAUAUUAUUAAAACGUAUAAUCAAUUAGUAGAUGCUGACGUUCGUUAUAGUCUUUUUGAUAAGACGAAGAAUUUAUUAAAUUUUUUGCAUUUUACCAUCAUUCCAUGGAUUUAA